AUGAUUGCGAACAGCAACAAAGAACUCUUAUAUCAAUUUAAGGCCCUUAUUUCAGAUUCCAUUUCAGAUCUUAAGCGUGCCAACGAAGCUACGGCUUCGAAGCAGAUGCAGGAAAUCAAAAGGAUAAAGCGUGACCCUGUUCCGCAGUGUAACAAGAGGAGCAACGAAGAUCAGUUUAAAGCCCGUAAGGCUGUAACUGAAGCCGUGGAAGACGCUAAGGCAGCUUUGGGAACGAAGCUAGGCGAAAUUGGCGAAAAAUUAGCUGAACUGGCGCAAAAUAGUGCGCUUAAGUCAAUACGCAAGGCAACUGAAACAAACGAUAGAGGCUUGUAA